CGAUCCACGGCUCAGAGGUGGCUGGAGACGGGGCGAGGUUUUGGGCGGGCUGAAGCCACUUCGCCUCUAGCGGUCUCUCGGCCCGCUCCCGCCUUCGCCAGGUCCGGGGAACGGCCGGGACCGAAUGCCAUUAUUGCGCGCCUCUGCAGCCCCCUCGGACGCUUGGUUGUGGAAGCGAGCUGGAGGAGAAGGCGGGAGCCGCGGGGCGCGAGCCAUGGCUGAGGGGCAGCAGGUGGGCUCCGCCGCCGACGCCUGGGAGAUCGACGUGGAGAGCCUGGAAGAGCCCGAGCGGCCGCCGCCUGCGCCACGCGCGCCUUCGCUACAGGCCGCCGGAGACGAUGACGAGGAAGACGACAACCAGGGCGACGACGACGACGAGGAGGGCGAAGAAGACGAAGACGAAGCCGGGGCAGCGGGCGACCUUCUCCGGCUUCCUGGGUUGCCUCAGCCGCAGCUUGUCUCGCCGUCGCCGGCGGCGGAGGAAGGAGGCGUAGGCGGCGGGGAGCAGCCAGUCCGCAAGCUUAGCCGCACGCCCAAAUGCGCGCGAUGCCGCAACCACGGCGUGGUGUCCUGCCUGAAAGGCCACAAGCGCUUCUGCCGCUGGCGGGACUGCCAGUGUGCCAACUGCCUGCUGGUGGUGGAGCGGCAGCGCGUCAUGGCCGCCCAGGUGGCGCUUCGCAGGCAGCAGGCCACCGAGGAUAAGAAGGGACAUACAGGGAAACAGGCUAAUUUUGAGCGCAGAACAGUGUACCAGAGACAUGUUCGGACGCCUAGUUUGCUGGCUAAAAGCAUUUUAGAAGGUUAUCGUCCCAUUCCAGCAGAACCUUACCUUGGAGGGAAUUCGUCCUUGCCACCUCCUGUUAGCGACAGAAUGAGAAAAAGACGGGCUUUUGCUGACAAAGAACUUGAGAACAUAAUGCUUGAACGGGAAUAUAAGGAACGAGAAAUGAUGGAAGCCACCCAGGCUGCUGCCUUUUUCCUGCCAAACCGCAUGGUACAUGGGCCCGAGUACAAUUCUUAUAAAAGUUUUAACCCUCAUCAACUUGAAGCUUCCAGUAAGGAGUUUUGUGGUUUUCUGCCUACCUGUUUAGAUCUGACUAUGCAGUAUUCAGGCUCAGGGAACAUGGAACUGAUCUCAUCAAAUUUGAGUGUUGCCACCACCUACAGGCAAUAUCCUUUACCCUCCAGGUUUUUGGUGUGGCCCAAAUGUGGCCCUCUCAAUGAUGCCCUUCUCUAUCAGCAAUGCCUUCUAAACGCUACCACAGUCCAGUCUCUCAAACCUGGAGUAGUUUGGGACAAUAAAGCUUCACAUGGCCAGGAUUUUCCCACCUCUGAACAAGACGUCACAUUGUCAAAAAAUGAGAACACGUUGCACCAUCCUCAUGUUCAGGAACUUGAGACACCUCAAAAUGAACUGCAAAACAUCUCUCGAGAGGCCCAUGAGAGGUCAGCAUUUUCAUCUCCUAAGAGGACCUUUUCACAGAUCUCUGGCAAGGAUCCUACAGUUCAUCAGGACCCGCCUCUCAACAAGAUCAACAAAGAAAGCAACAAGCAGCAUCUGGUACUGCCACCCUCAUCCAAAUAUAGCCCAUUCCACUCAUUAUUCCAGCAGACGCUUCAUAGCAAAUCGGGAUCAGAGUUAAAAACCACUUUUGAUGAAGCAUCCAAGAAAUAUAGAGAGAGUACCUUCAGAGAAAAGUACAAAUUCAGCAUUGACAGAUAUGCAAAAGACCUUCUGGAGACUAAACAAGUUGUAACAAAAUUAUCAACAAAUGAGCCAUUACCAUUUUCUGUUGAAUCAAUUCUUAAGCGACCAUCUUCCAUGGUCACCAAUGUUUCUCAGUAGGCUGACAAUGUGAUCUUCCAAACAAAUCUAUUGGCACUUAGAAUUGAACUUAACCAUCUGUGCCAAGAAGUAAGUCCUUUUGAAUUCAUUAGAGAAUUCUUCUGCUAGGCACUUCAUCCACCAUACACUUGAAAGACGUUCUUCAAAUUUUGUUAAAAAUUUAUUUCCAAUAAACAGGUUUUGAACUACAACACAGCACUAAUAUUGGUUGUUUUCAGACUGGCUGAGUUGACCUUUUUGGGAAAUUGACUAUUCUAAAACAUUAACAAUUAUUGAUAUGCUGUCUGACAAACGCAUGGCCACUGCCUUUUGCCACCAUAAUUUUGGAAAAAAGAAUU